CCUGGCAGUUGCACCGAGCAUCACAGGUCACCGUCGUCUUCUUUCACCCGGACACACACAGUCAACAGUUAAAGUUACACUGUAGUAAAUCAAUAAAUUAAAGAUGAGCGGUCACCGGAAACCGAGGAGAAAUCAAAGUCGAGCUGGACAGGUAAGACAGGUAAGAUCAGCAAACAGAAGAAACACGAGGAGGACACGAAACCAGCGGCUGAUGCGAAGACGACAGUCUCACGAGCCAAGAAAAAGAAGCAAGAUGACGAUGAGGUGAAGAUGAAAUAAACAGAGAGAGAGAGAGAGAGAGAGAGAUGGGUUCAAAAGACAAGAAAUCCAAAGAGGAGGGCAAGAAGAAAAAGAAAAAAGAAGAAUCAGACCAAGAGGAAGAUGAUGAUGACUCUCAAAAGAAGAAGAAGAAGUCUAAGAAAGGAACCGUUGACAGUGAUGAUGGGGGGAAGAAAGACAAAGGCAAGAAGAAGAAGAAAUCCAAAACUGUGGAUUAUGUGGAGAUUUACGAGAGCGAGCUGAGAAACUAUGAGCCUGAUAAAGUGGAGAACUAUGAAGAUGAGUACCACAAGAAGAAAGUUUAUGAGGUGGUCACCAUCACAGGAGAUGUCAGCGGUGCGGGAACGGAUGCCAAUGUCUUCAUCACACUCUUGGGAGAUUACGGCAUCACUCCCAAACUUCAUCUGGCCAGCAAGAAUCGAACCGCGUUUGAAAGAAACAAAACAGAUGUGUUCCGGAUAAAAACACAUAACGUUGGACCAUUGAAAAAAAUCAGGAUUGAACAUGACAACACGGGUCUGAACGCCAGCUGGUUUCUGGAUCGGGUCGUGGUCACAGACAUGAACAGGCCACAUUUGCGCUUUUACUUCGCUUGUAACAACUGGUUGAGCAGAACUGAAGGUGACAGUCUGUUUGUUCGGGAUCUGCUGGGCAGCCUGGACCCCAUGGACAUGCCCAAAUAUAAUAAAUAUAUUGUGAGUGUUUUCACGGCAGAUGUUAAAGGCAGUGGAACAGAUGCGGACGUCUUCAUCAAUAUUUUCGGGGAAAUCGGGGAUACAGGAGAAAGACGGCUGGACAAUGAUAAGAACAACUUCGAGAGAGGAACAGAAGACAAAUUCACCAUCGAGGCUCCUAAUCUGGGCCGGGUGAGGAAGAUAACCAUCGGCCACAAUAACAAAGGCUCUUCAGCCGGCUGGUUCGUAGAAAAGGUUAUAGUGGAUGAUCUGGGCAACAAGGCCGUCUACGAGUUCCCCAUCAGCCGCUGGCUCGCCAUUGAUGAGGAUGAUGGGAAAAUUCAGAGAGAUGUGCUGGUUGGAGGGAGUCAGCCCACCGGUAUCGUUUAUAACGUUCAGGUGGUGACCGGAAGCAAAAGAGGUGCAGGGACCAACUCCAAAAUCCACAUGAUCAUGCACGGAUCUAAAGGGAUGAAGAACAGCGGCAAGAUAUUUCUGGAAGGAGGAAAUUUUGAGCGAGGUCUCACAGACAUCUUUAACGUAGAGAUCGCCGCUCUGCUCAGUCCUCUCAGUCGGGUCACCAUCGGUCAUGAUAACGGAGGGGUCAGUCCUGGCUGGUACUGUGAGAAGGUGGUGAUCUAUUGUCCGUUCACUGGAAUCGAGCAGACGUUUCCCUGUUCUAAGUGGUUGGAUGAGAAUGAAGGUGAUGGACUGAUCGAGAGGGAGUUGUACGAAAUGGUUUCUCUGAGACAGAAAAGACAGAAGAAACAUCCCUGGUCGCUCUGGAUAUGGACGUCAGAUCUGGCCGGAUCGGGAACCGACGCUUCUAUCUUACUGCAGAUUUAUGGAGAAAAGGGAAAAUCGGACGAGAUGAGACUGGACAACAAAACGGAUAACUUCGAGCAGGGUCAGCUGGAUAAAUUCAUGAUUGAAUUGCCAGAUAUCGGGAAGCUGACCAAACUCAGGAUCUGGCACGAGAAGAGGAAUCCCUUCGCUGGCUGGCAUUUAAGUCGAAUAUCACUCAUGAAAACAUUAGCAAAGGAGAAGUAUAAAUUCCCCUGCGAGCGCUGGCUGGACACAAAUGAAGACGAUAAUGAGGUCGUGCGAGAGCUGCCGGCGACGGGAGACGUGGUUCCUGAACCUCUUCCACUCAUAAAGUACCGGGUCGUAGUCUACACGGGGACUGUCAGCGGCAGCGGGACGGACGCCUCAGUUUUUCUCUGUCUGAUCGGUGACAACGGAGACUCGGGCGACCGCAGUUUAAUCAACUGCAAGAACAAUAUUAACAAGUUUGAGAAAGGCAACGCGGAUGAGUUCAUCGUGGAGGCCGUGUCCAUCGGUACGGUGCGGCGGGUCCGGAUCGGUCAUGACGGCAGAGGUGGAGGCUGUGGUUGGUUUCUGGAUAAAGUGGUCAUCAGAGAGGAGGGACAGGCCGAGACACAGGCUGUAGAGUUCCCCUGUAACAGAUGGUUUGAUCGUAAUGAAGAUGAUGGACAGAUUGUUCGUGAGUUGGUGCCAUUCACUGACGGCCAAAGAUUAUACAACGUCAGCUAUCACAUCGCCGUCAAGACAGGGGACGUCAGCGGAGGCAGUUCAGAUUCUAAAGUCUUUGUGAAGUUUUACGGCGAGAGAGGAGACACCAGCAGAAUGAUGCUGGUCGUUUCCGACAACAAUCUGCGCAAUUACUUUGAGACGGGACGUGUGGAUAUUUUCACCGUGGACACCUGUGACAUCGGCCAGAUCAGUCGCCUCAUGAUCGGUCACACCAACGAAGGGAUGCGCGCCGGCUGGUUUCUGGACAGCGUUCAGAUUAUGGUGCCCAAUCACGGCAGACAUUACAUGUUCCCCAGUCACCGCUGGCUGUGCAGAGAUGAGGCUGAUGGCAAAACUGAAGUUGAGAUCUAUCCCAGUGAAAUACUGGAUGUGGAACAAUUGAUAAACUAUGAGAUUACGCUUGUGACGGGAGACGUCUGGGCCGGCGGCACCAAUGCCAACGUCUUCAUCCAGAUAUACGGAGAUCAGGGAAAGACUGAAGUGCUCAGUCUGGGCAGCAGGUCCAACAACUUUGAAAGAGGUACAACAGAUAUUUUCAAGGUCGAAGCCAAAGACGUGGGGAAGAUCUUUAAGGUUCGUAUCAGUCAUGAUGACACGGGUAUCGGCUCCGGCUGGUAUCUGGACCGGGCGGAGGUCAAGCGUCUGAUCACGGCCUUGGUUCCUAAAGAGAAGAAGGAAGACAAGAAGAAAAAGAAGAAGAAGAAAAAAGAGGACGAUGAAGAAGAGGGCGCUGAGGAGGAGAUGAGGGAGGUGGUGUUGACCUAUGUGUUCCCCUGCGACCGCUGGCUGGCCUCUGACGAGGAGGACAAAGAGAUGGUGGUGGAACUCCUGCCGGAGGACAACGACGAGCUGGAGGAGAUCACAUAUGAAGUGAGCGUCUUCACAGGAGACAUGUUUGGGGCCGGCACAGAUGCCAAUGUCUUCAUGAACAUCUACGGUGAGAACGGAGACACGGGGGAACGGCCGAUGAAGAAGUCCAAUCAUCUGAAUAAAUUUGAGCGUGGACAAGAGGAUAUUUUCACCAUCACUGCUGUGGAACUGGGACCUCUGAAGAAACUGAGGAUUCGUCAUGACAACAGUCAUCAGUCGGACUGGUACCUGGACCGAGUGGAAAUCCUGGACACUAAAGACGACACCACGUAUUAUUUCCCCUGUAACCGCUGGCUGGCGGUGGAAGAAGAUGACGGUCAGAUCGCCCGUGAGCUGGUUCCUGUGGACGAGGCCUUCAUGAGGAAAGAUGAAGAUGAGGAGGAGUCAGGAGGAGCCACACUGGGUCUAGAGCAGAAGGCCAUGUCCACAACAUACACGCUGAGGAUCAAGACAGGAGAUAAAAAACACGCCGGAACUGACGCAAAUGUCUUUGCCAUUCUGUACGGGGAGAACGAUGACACGGGAAUCAUCAACCUGAAAGCUUCUAAAUCUCACAAGAAUAAGUUUGAGAAGGGAAUGAUCGAUGAGUUUACAGUGGAGGCUGUGGAUCUGGGAGAUCUUCAGAAGCUGAGAAUCGGACAUGAUAACGCAGGUGGAUCCUCCGGCUGGUUUCUGGACUGGGUGGAAAUCGACGCUCCUUCACAAGGACAGAAGCUUCGCUUUCCAUGCGGCCGCUGGCUGGACUGUGGAGAAGAUGACGGAGCGAUGGUCCGAGAUCUGUAUCCCGCAGACCUGCAGACUGAACUUUACACCCCGUUCGUUCCCUACGAGAUAACCACCUUCACCAGCGACGUGUUUGCGGCGGGGACGGACGCGGACGUCUUCAUCGUUCUGUACGGUGAGAAGGGUCUGUGCACUCAACAGAAGUAUCUGUGCGUCAACAAGAGAGAACGCCGCAUGUACUUCGAGAGAGAAGCAGAGGACAUGUUCAUUGUGGAGCUGGAAGAUGUAGGAGACGUCUUGGAGAAGAUUCGAAUCGGACACGAUAACAAAGGGACGAACCCCGGCUGGCAUCUCGACAGAGUGGAAAUAAGAAGACUUUUAAGGAAAGGAAAGGGUUCAGAGACCACCAUCUUCCCCUGCGAGUGCUGGCUGGCGAGGUCUGAGGAUGAUGGCGAGACCGUUCGAGAGCUGGUGCCCUCUGACAUCAUCACUGAGAAACUCCUGCGAGACGGAACACUGAAACACAGCGAGAUGGAGGUGGAGGACGCUCUGGAGACUCACACGUAUAAGGUGUCUGUCAGGACGGGCGACAUGUAUGGAGCUGGAACUGAUGCCAACGUGUUUCUCACCAUCUACGGUGACUUGGGAGACACCGGCGAACGCAAACUACGAAAAUCUGAGAGCAGCAGCAACAAGUUUGAGAGAGGAGCGGUGGAUAAGUUCAGCAUUGAGGCGGUGGACCUCGGUCAGGUGUUUAAGAUCAGAAUCCGUCAUGAUAACUCUGGGCUGGGGGCCGACUGGUAUCUGGAUCAGGUGGAGGUGGUGGACGUGGAGACGGACGAGGUUAACAUGUUCCUGUGUGAACGCUGGCUCUCUAAAAAGAAAGAGGACCAGCGGAUCGAGAGAACCUUCUUUGUCAAGGGUUAUGAAGGUGACAGAAACCCCAACAACGUGAAGAAGACCGCGCAGAACUCUAAAGCCGGUCUGGACGGAAACAUGAACAAGAAAAAGAAGAAGAAGAAAGCUGUAGUGGUGGACGAGGGUCCCAUGAUACCGUACCACUUCACAGUGUCCACCGGAGACGAUCGGGAUGCCAGCACCUACAGUCGUGUGUAUGUCAUCGUCAUGGGACUCAACGAGCUGGAGACUGAGCGACUGUGGCUGGAUCUGCCCAACAACAAGAAAUGUUUCGCUGCCGGCGGGAUGGAACAUUUCAUCUGUUAUGGUUUAGAUGUGGGAGAAAUCAAGAGGGUUGAGUUGGGUCACAAUGGAGCGACUCCAGAGAGCUGCUGGCUGGUGGACGAGCUUUCUGUGGCCGUACCCACUAAAGGCAUUCAGUACAACUUCACAUGUAAGUGCUGGUUAGCCAAAGACAGAGGAGACGGUCUGACAGCACGAGUCUUCAACAUCCUUGACGCGACCACCAUCAGCAUCAUACGAAAGGUGAUUUAUGAAGUGACUGUGGUCACAGGGGACACUCAGAACGCCGGGACUGACACCAACAUCUUCAUAACUGUGUUCGGAGCCAACGGGAGCAGCGAGGAGAUGAUUCUCUCCAAAAAUGAGGACAGGUUUGAACGAGGACAAGAGGACACAUUUAACCUAGAGAUCGAUGACAUCGCUCCUCUGAAGAAACUACGUGUCCGUAUCGACGGAACAGGAAGUCGUCCUGAUUGGUUCCUUGAUAAGAUGAUCAUGAGGAACCUGAGCACAGAAGAGAUUUAUGUGUUCACCUAUGAGAACUGGCUCUCCAAAACCAAAGGACCCAAGAGGACCAAAGUGUGUGAGCUCCCCGCUGUGGUGGAUGAUGAAGAGAUGGUGGAGAACACCACAUACUUCAUUCAGGUCAAAACCAGUGAUGCUUCUGGAGCUGGGACAGAUGCGAAUGUGUUUCUGAUCGUGUUUGGAGAAAACGGUGACACAGGGACUCUGGCGCUGAAAGAGAGCAGCAACAGAAAUAAAUUUGAACGCAAACAGAUGGAUGUUUUCCGCUUUCUGGAUGUUUUAAGUCUGGGAGAGCUGUCAAAGGUCCGAGUGUGGCACGACAAUAAAGGUCCUGCUCCCGGAUGGCACCUGGAAUACAUCGAUGUGAAAGAUGAAGUGCUGAAUGAAACGUUCCGCUUCCCGUGUGACCGAUGGCUGGCCAAAAACGAAGACGACGGUCAGAUCAUGAGAGAACUGGCAUGUGCCAACAAUGACUUUCUGGAUCUCAGCGACAAGAUCAAAUAUGAAAUCCAAAUCGCAACAGCCUACUCUGAAGACGCGGAGACUAAAGAAAACGCCUGGAUCGUGCUCGAGGGCAAAAAAGGCCGUUCGAAAGAGUUUGUGAUGGAAAACCCAAAGAAGAAGAAAUUUUUACGCGGUGCCACAGAUUCAUUUGAGUUUUCCUCAAAAAAUUUGGGAGAUAUUGUUGGUAUCUGUUUGGGUCACUUAUCAAAAGAGAAGAAAGUGAAGAGUGAAUCUUUCUGGCACGUGCAGGAGGUGCAGAUCACAGAAAAAGAGCUGGGAAACAAAUAUUAUUUCACAUGUGACGCUCGCAUUCCGCUGUCAGCCAAGAAAGACGAGUUCAUGACUUUUGAGUGCACCAAAUCCGUGGAGAGCUUCGCUAGCAAGGUCCGCAGUCUGGUUCCUGUGAAGUAUGAAAUCAUCAUCAUCACCGGAGACUAUAAAGAGGCGGGGACCGACACCAACGUCUUCAUCACCAUGUACGGCGUCAACGGAGACUCGGGGAAGCGACCGCUGAAGCAGAAGUUCAGAAACCUGUUUGAGAGAGGACGCACAGACCGCUUCUUACUGGAGAUGCUGGAUUUAGGUGAUCUGUUGAGGAUUAAAGUGGAGCACGACAACAGCGGCCGUCUCCCUGGCUGGUUUCUGGAGUGUGUGGAGAUCACAAACACUGCCAACUGGGUGACCACCAUCUUCAUUUGUGGAAAGUGGUUAGACCAAACUAAAGCCGACGGACAGAUCCACAGAGUGCUGUAUCCAAAGUAUUAAACAUCAACUCGAACACACAUCAACAUCACUUAUUUGUACUUUUUGUAAAGAAAUUUUAAUAAACCUCCUUUGUGAUGAGAUUCACCUUUUAUUUUGACACUUUCAGUAGCAAUGCAGACGACAUCGGGCUCUUUUUGUUUUAAAGCAGUUUCAACAUUUUAUUUGAAAAAAAAAACACAUACAAAAAGGGUCAUAAACAAGACAAGAAAUUAAAAAAGAAAGAAAAAUUUGGGUUAAGCUAUGCAACUUUUUGCAUCGUCAUUAGUAAUAAAUACAGUACAAAAUCCACCAAAAGUGAAUCUAAGAUUUUCUUUUUUUACGCAAUAUACACUUAUCUAUCAUACAUUAUAAUCACCAAGCUAUUGCUUAAAUAUUGUCAAUACAUAUUUUUCUACUUGAGCUAUAAAAUAUUCAUGUCAGAAAACAUUGCGCAGUAACGGCACACAGCAGGAUCGUCGUCCUCUUCACUGGCAGGUUAUUUCACGUGUUUUUUGUUUUGUUAUGUUUUGUUUUCUUGUCAGCAGCAGAAAAACAUCCGAUAUAUAACAUAUGUACUCAUUCUCAUACGCAUAUUAAAACCUGAGAAAGACAUGCAUUACAGAACUUGUGCUUUAGGAUCAUCUAGGGUUCAGUCUGUUAGCGUUAGACACAUGAUAAUACUAUUGCUUAUGUCAAAUCUGCUGGAGAAAUCAAUCGAUCAAAUCAAAACCACUUCAAGGCUACACAGGCUAGAGACACAAAUCAGAACAGAAUAUAAAGCCAUUAUUCCCCCCCCCCACAUAUACUUUCUGGUACGACUCUUGUGUGUUUAUUAGGUUGCACACUAGUACUAGGACGUCACAUUUCAGUGAUGUAUUCAGUUUUCAACAACACUCUAUUGGCAGAACAAAACUUUGGGGGUUUAAAAGCUAAAUCACGUGUGAAAAUGUGACAACAUAUGAAAGAAAGAAAUGAAGAGUUUGGUUCCGACAUGAGAUAGCUCCGUUUUUAAACUUAUGACGUUACCAUGUUUUAUUGUGUUAAUUCGAUUAUUUGAGUUAUUAUGGCUUAAAGGCGGGGUGUCCGAUUGCAGAAUUAGGAUUGUUUAGACAUGCCGGCCGAGUACCAAAACAACCUUGUAGCCAAUAAGGCCGUAAGGUGCACAGGACAGACAUAAGUGAAUGAUAGGGUAGUGGUGAUUUGAACAUCAACAACGGCUAUGAAAAAUCAGAAAUUCCGCCUUUAAAUUUAAAUGAUGCAAUUAAUAACUCUCAAGUAGUUUAACAUGUAUAUGACCUCCAUUUUCCCCCAAAACGCAAAUGAAGGUGCACACGAGCCCCAUGACAGUGCACCCGGUGACAGCACAUGCGUCU